UGCCCAGAGCGCGACUCGCCAACCACUCAAUUCCGAGGCGAAACUUUAGGUCUGUACGUCGCGCUUCCUUGAAAUUCUCUCGGCGUCGACCUUGGCCUACGAUCGCGCACACUACAUCAUGGCACAACAACCUCUAUCUUCGUCGGUUCAACCGACCGACAUUUACGGCGGAGACGAAGUAUCCGCCCUCGUCCUCGACCCAGGCUAUUGCUACACCCGCGCAGGCUUCGCAGGCGAAGAUGUCCCCAAGGCCGUGUAUCCCUCCUUCUACGGCCAUACCGGCGGGCGCGAUCUGUUCGGCGACGAGGUUAUCAUCCCGCGCUCCGACUUUGAAGUCCGCAACUACAUGAACAAAGACUCGGUCGUCGAGGACUGGGAUGCCGCGACAAAGCUCUGGGAGCACAUGUUCGUCAGCCGCCUCCAGCCCCUGCGACCGACCGACCCUAGCAAGAACGGCCUGAACGACGAGCCCGGCGAUGGCGACGUCGCGAUGGAGGAUGGGGAGGCUGCAUCGGAGGCUGAGAAAUCCCUUGCGGAGAACCCGAUGCUCGUGACGGAGGCGCCGUGGAACUCGCCUAAGGCGCGAGAGAAGAUGAUCGAGAUCAUCAUGGAGAACUGGGGCUGCCCGGCGUUCUGGAUGAGCCGGACGCCGGUGCUGGCUGCCUUCGCGGCCGGUAAGGCCACGGCGUUGGUGCUGGACGUUGGCGGAGCGAACACGAGUGUUACGGCUGUGCAUGACGGCAUGGUACUCAAGCGGUCCAUCCAGAAGUCACCCGUCGGCGGAUUGUUCCUGUCCGGUCAGAUUCGCAGCCUGUGGGAGAGCAGCGAGCCCAAGGUCGACAUCGUGCCGUCCUUCAUGGUCGAAAACAAGAAGCCGGUGGAGGCCGGCGCGCCCCCGGACUUCAAGCUGCGUAACCUUGGCUUCCAGGUCACCGACUCGUUCCGGCUCUUCGAGGAGGAGCGGGUGCUCACCGAGUUCAAGGAGUCGGUGGUGGAGGUCUGGCGCGGUCCCGGCAAGUACCUCAUCCCCCAGAACGAGGACUACGCCAAGAACCAGCCUGGACGCGUCUUCGAGAUGCCCGACGGAUUCAACCAGAUGUGGCGCGAGCAGAGGUACAAGGUGUCGGAGGGCAUGUGGGACGAGGCCGCGGCAUAUCCGAUGGGCGAGGAGCGCGUGGCCAAAAACCAGACGAUCCCCGCGUUGAUCAAGGCCGCUCUCGAGAGCGUCGACGUCGACCUGCGGCCUAACCUUCUGGGGAACGUGGUCGUGACGGGAAGCACGAGUCUGCUGAACGGCUUCAACGACCGCCUGAACAACGAGCUUGCCCACAUGUAUCCAGGCGCCAAGGUCAGGGUUCAUGCCUCAGGAUGGACGAGCGAGCGGAGGUUUGGCGCCUGGGUCGGAGGCAGCAUCCUGGCCAGCUUGGGCACAUUCCACCAGAUGUGGAUCUCUAGGAAGGAGUACGAGGAGAAUGGAGCUGGCAUCGUCGAGAAGAGAUGCAAGUAGAUCGCAACACCCCGAGAGACAAGUGAGGCGAUGGAAAACAGGGCACUUGGGGAACAGGGGGCAGGAGCCAGCUAUGGGGAAAAGGAGUUCAUCUGUAAUAAAAAAACUUUUGGUGUUUUAUGCUAUACCCGGUCUCUCCUGUUGUCCUUCUAAUGAUGGGAUUUACUCAGGUCUGACACCCCUGAGAUGCCUGCCUCCCUACCUAGGUAACUUGAAGGGUAUUGAUCAUUAUGCUGCU